UCCUCCCGCCCUUCUUAGGAGGGGCUGCAUUGCAGGGGGAGACGGAGCUGCAGACUCUGUCACUGAAGGGAGGAGCGAGGAGACAAAGCCGGCAAAGCCCCUACCAGCUUCCUCCUUCUCCAGCCCAGCGCCCGACCCCGGAGCCUCUGAGGCAUCCUCUCCAUCUUUGGAACUCGCUAGUAAUUCAUUGAUAACAGGAAGCUAUGAGGGAUCCUGUGAGCAGCCAAUACAGCUCCUUUCUUUUCUGGAGGAUGCCCAUCCCAGAACUGGAUCUGUCAGAGUUGGAGGACCUGGGUCUCUCCGAUACAUCUACCUACAAGAUCAAAGACAGCGGCCGUGGCAAAGUAACCGGACAAGCAACUGCAGCAGAUCAGGAGAAAAACCCUGAAGGUGAUAGUCUCCUUGAAUACAGCACCUUCAACUUCUGGAGAGCUCCCAUUGCCAGCAUCCACUCCUUUGAUUUGGACUUGCUCUAAGGCUAAGACCUCUCCCAUGAUCUUACCUUUAUUGUCUUCCCUUUGAAGUCCUUUCCCAUUUCAAUCUUGUUCUCUUUUCUCUAUUGUGUUGGUGGUGCUGAUGAAUUUGCCAGUUGAAUUGUGUCUCUAUAUUUAUUUAUUUAUUUAUUUAUUUAUUUAUUUACUGAAUGAUCUGUGUACUCAAAUUCUCUCAAAGGCCUUCACAAUGUAUAGGGUUCAACCAAUGGAGUAGUUGAUAAACAGGGAUUCCUCACACUCCAAACUCCAGGAUUAUUAAUCCCAGAAAAACAGAGUUUAUGGAGAAGGUGGGGACUAAAGAGUAGUGUAGUAGAGAAAAAUGGAGGGUUAUUUCAUUCCAUUUUAGUCAGCGUCAAAGAUUACUCACAUCUUCCUAAUUCCUGAUCUAGGCCAAUAAAUAUUUCCUCAAGGGUAAAAAUGUGGAAGUUUCCAGAUAUUUGCUACAAAACAAGUAGGAUUUCUAAAAUAUUAAGGUAAUAAGACUCUUGCUUUUUUGAGUCUGCUCCUUCAUACAAUACAUUCUAUUCCAAAAAAAAUUUGAGGAGAGUUUAAUAAAAAUGGAGGAAAUAAUACAUCAUGGAAAAUGAAACUAGGGGAAAAUACUGAAACAUUUCAGAAAUACUGAAGUACUUUCUCGAGAGAACUUAGCUUACUUACUUUACAACUUUGCCCUUAUCUCUGUGCUGAAAUCUAGAGCUGAGGAAAAAUAUUUUAAUUGUUAAAAAGUUACCCUUCCAUUAGAACAAUUUGUAAAGUUUUGACUCAGUCAUGUAACAGAGGGUUUGGUCUUUAAUAUGUCUCCCCACUUCUCCCUGAAUUUUCAAUAUACAAUACUGAUCAAUGGGUCUCAGGCCCUAUACCUUGUUUCCCCAUCCCUUCCAAAAUAUUGCUGCUGAUUUGUGCUGCCAUUUACUCAUUUAUUUAAUAAAGACAUUAAAUCCCAAGGCUGGAUUCUUGUUGUCUCUCUCUUCCCACAGGGAAACAGUACACACCCAGAAAUUGCUCCUGACUACACACAGACAUAGCAUAUACAUUUAUCUUUCUAAUAUUCAGCUUUGAGGAAGAACAAUUUGAAUAGCA